AUGAGAAACUGGCCACUUUUCGUAUUCCUUAUCUGCCUGGUUCUCUUUUUCUAUGCCUUCUACAUCUACCAAGCUCAAGGAGCAGUUCUUGCUCAGACAACGGAAGAAGUUAGACAACUAUCUGCACAGUUGAGUUUGACGAAAGGAAAACUUGUUGGAAGUAUGGCUGAUAUGGAAACAAGCAAUAGUGAAAAGAAGACAUUAUCUACGCAAUUAGACGACGUUACAAAAAAAAAUGAGGAAUGUAUGGUUUCUUUGAGAAACACAAAAUUGAGAGUUGAUACUUUGGAAAAGGAUGGAAAAUCGAAUACAGAUAACUAUACCAAAAUGCAAGAAGAGUUGACUGCUGUCAAGGCGAAAGCAGAAGAACUCCAAAGAAACAACACGGCGCUUACUUCUCUUGUUUCGACACAAUCCCAAUUGAUCACUCAGUUGAAUCAAACGAUUGGAAUCAUCAAAUUCGAGAAGGAAGAGUUGAAAAAUGCCGCGAAUCUGAGCAACUUGACACCAAAAACAGAAAAGCCUGCUGCAGCAGCACCAGUUGAAGAGCAACAGAAGCAGGAUCAGAAGGAAGUAUCGAUCACCACUCCAACGACAACAACGUCCCAGAAACAGGAUCCAGAGGCUGAUGGACAAGAAGUGAAAGAUGAUAACGAGGAACCAUCAACUGUAGCGGUUUCAUCGACUCAAUCUCCUUUAGAAAAAUUUGAGGAAAAGAAUCCAGAAGCAGAAGAGCCUGAGCCAGUUGUUGCUGAGCCAGAUGCUGCUGAACCAGAAAACAAAGAGACAUAA